CAACGAUUGUAUACAUGACACACAGACAGACAAACCCAAUACGCAGGAACUUGGAGAUAAAACAAAUACACAAUGUCUGAGGAAAAGAAGGAUAAGGAAAAAACUGGAAUAGAUGACAGUGCCUUUGAGUCGCUGGAAAAGGACUUCCAGGAAGUCCUCCAGCAACUUACUGGUGACAGAAGCUUGGAGAAGUUCAGGUCUGAAUAUGAAAAACUACACAAGGCUCUGAAGAAAUCUCAUGAAAGCGAGAAGAGGUUAAUGCAAAAAUGUCGAGAACUGAAUGCAGAGAUAGUUGCCAACUCAGCAAAAGUUGCAACAGCACUGAAGCUAUCACAGGAAGAUCAGAAUACCAUAACCUCAUUGAAAAAGGAAAUAGAGAAAGCAUGGAAAAUGGUUGAUGCUGCUCACGAGAAAGAAACAAGGGCCAGGGAGACCAUUCAGUCUCUGAAAAUGGAAAUCGCCAACCUCAGCAAACUUGUGGAGCAGGGCGCAGGUUUAACCAUGGGACAAGAACACAGUGUGAACGAGCUGCUGAAGAUCAAAGAAGAUUUGACCAAGGAGCGGGAUGAACAGCUUGGUGAGAUUGUGAAGUUACGUGAAAAUCUUGCCCAGGCUUCAGCUCAACAACAGAAACUAGAGCAGGACCGAGCUGAGUGUGAGGAAAAGAUCCAAGAGCUGAACCAGGACAUCCAAGUUCGCAACAAUGAAGCUCAGCGCGAGUCUCGCAAGAAGGACAAGACCGAGCGUGAGCUGAAGCAAGCGAAGGCUGACUUGGACUCCAAAUCUGGCGAAAUCAAAACCAUGCAGACACAAAUUGGACGCUACAAGGAGGACGUCGGCAAGCUUGAACAGCAGCUCAAGGAACAAAGGAUUCUGAAUGAGAGGGCUCUCAAGGACUGUGAUAUCCUCAAUACAAGAUUCCAGAAACUGCAAGGGGAGUACGAAGGUCAACUCAUCACUACCGAUCAAUUGACCGCUGAAAAUCAGAACAGAGUGUCCGAACUUAAGCAAAAAGAGGAUGACGUCAAUCAGCUGAAACAAGAGACGCAACGUCUCAACAAGAUCCGAGAGACAAUCCAGCGUAAACUGAGGAAUGUGGAGGACCAGAAGGGUGAUGUUGAACAACAGAAAGAGACCCUGAAAAGUCAGAUUAUCGGGCUGGAGAGAGAACUGGAGGCUUCCAAGAAGCAGGCUGAGUUGGACAAGAAGCAAAUUGAUGACCUUGUCCGAGAGAAGGACAUCUUGAACAAGAACAUGUUGAAGGCCAUCAGCUCCACCCAAAAGCAGCUUCACCUGGUGAAACUCCACGAACAGUCUAAGAAAAACCUGGAACAGGACAUCCAGAAUUACAAGGAGGAGGCCCAGAAACAGAGGAAGAUCAUCUACCAGCUCGAGAAGGAGCGUGACCGCUACAUUAACGAGGCCAGCGACCUCACACAAAAGGUGCUUGGUCAUAUGGAGGAUGUGAAGGUUAGGGAGAUGCAGAUCUUUGACUAUAAGAAAAAGAUUGCAGAGGCUGAGACCAAACUGAAACAGCAGCAGAACUUGUACGAGGCUGUAAGAAGUGACAGGAACUUGUACAGCAAGAACCUCAUCGAGUCUCAGGAUGAGAUUACUGAAAUGAAGAGGAAGCUGAAGAUCAUGAACCACCAGAUCGAUCAGCUGAAGGAGGAGAUUCAGGCCAAGGAGGCCGCGCUAGUCAAGGAACACUUAGAACACCAGCGUGUGGAGAAAGAGAAGGACACCCUCAAGGGCGACCUCAACAAGAUGAAACAACAGGCUGCAGAAAGUAAGGCCUACAUUGAUGCGCAGGAGGCCGAGGAGAGGAAAUUACUCAAGAUUAUUGCGGAGGCUGACGCAGAGAGAGUGAGACAGAAGAAGGAACUGGAUCAAGUGAUCAGUGAGCGUGACAUUCUCGGGACACAGCUGGUGAGGCGUAACGAUGAACUUGCCUUGCUAUAUGAGAAGAUCAAAAUUCAGCAGUCGACGCUGAACAAGGGCGAAAUCCAGUACAACCAGCGUCUUGAGGACAUCAGAGUUCUCAAACUCGAGAUCAAGAAACUUCGCCGUGAGAAAGCUAUCCUCAACAAGAGUGUUGCUAACGUCGAAGACCUUAGGCGAGAGGUUCAUCACAUCCAGACAGAGUUGUUACGGGAGAGGACUCGCUGUAAGGCCCUGGAGGAGGAGUUGGAGAACCCCAUGAACAUCCACAGAUGGCGGAAGUUAGAGGGAAGCGAUCCAAGUACUUACGAAAUGAUCCAGAAAAUACACACACUCCAAAAACGUCUUAUCUCCAAGACGGAAGAGGUCGUGGAGAAGGAACUGCUAAUUCAGGAAAAAGAGAAGCUAUACUUGGAGCUCAAACAUAUUCUGGCCCGACAACCUGGACCCGAGGUGGCCGAACAGCUCCAGAUCUACCAGCAAACACUCAAAGAAAAAACGAAACAGAUGAAAUCCAUGUCUUCAGAGUUGAAUAUGUACGAGUCUCAGGUGAACGAAUACAAAUACGAGAUCGAGAGAAUAGCAAGGGAAUUGGUGGAAGUGAAGAAAAAAUACUUCAUGCAGAAAAAGAAAGAACAACAAACAAAGGAGCGAGAGAGAGCCAUUACUCAGGCAGGUGGUCCUAUUAUACAACCCCAACGAACAGAAGGUCCGCGGUUCACGGGAGGAGGUUUCAACCUUAAAUCUACAAAGACUGCGGCAUGACACGCCUAAAACUGCUCACUAUUCCGUCCAAACUUAAACAUUUUACACUCUUUUAUUUAAAUUUUGGUAACACUGCAGGAUUUUUUUUACACUUCUUAGUUGAACAUCAGUAAGAACAAGUGCUGAAUAUUAUUUAGAAUAAAUAGAGAAAAAGAACUUUGUUUAAGACCAAGAUGAAGGACAUUAAUAUUCUGAUUUAUCAAAAUUUACCAGUGUCUGUGAUAUGUUGCCGAUUUUGUAUGCUUUAGUAUAAAAUCUGCUGAAUAAAUUCUGUUAUGUAAACAAA